GAUCUGAGAUCUUGGGUGGCUAACCCACCCACCGAUGUGCUAUUUUCCAAUUUCCAACAUAUCUGAGAAUUGAAAAUUGAUCGCUUCUGAAUUCUCAAGUAUUUUAAAUUUUAUUCGAAAUCUAAAACACAAAUUAAAUUAUAGUGAAGACAAAAGGAAAAUUCCAUCAAUGGGUGAACCAGUAACAGCAGCAGCGCAGAAUACGCAAACACAGAUCCCAAAUCUAACCCCAAACCCAGCCCCAACUCCUACGCUCCCUCCGCAACCUCCUAGAAGCAACAAGAGGCCACUCGACAGUGAUGUCCAAAUUAGUGACUCCAGUUGGUACAAGAUGCGUGCUGUUGUUAGAGAUCUUCGUCCCCACUUUGUCGAGGUGCUUCGGACCCCAGACUUUCAAAAUUGCAAGGCAGCUCAUGAUAUUCAAGAACAGGUGAAGCUUCUGAUGGAACUGUACAAGCAAUUGACAGAAGGAAAAGUGCCGAUGGCAAGUUGUAAUGGUCCGUCAGAAAGCCAGCCAAAUGGGUUUGCACAGAAGGCCCAAGAACAUCCUCAGCCCCAGCAAGACCAGGUCUUUGCGAAACCAUCUGAGAAUAAUUCUUCUGAUACAAGUAUCGUCGAUGAGAAGCAGCAACAUGAAGCUGGUGUGACUCAGGGGACGUAUAUGGUUGGAGGAUCAGCUUUUGGCUGGAAUUUUAUAACUUUCGCAGGUGGUAAACCAAUCUAUUAUGGGAGAACAAAGGAAUCAAUGCGGAUUGCUCAAGCGAAUGUGGUAGGUAUUAGUGUACAGAAAAGUGAAUAGAUGACGAAUGGUCGUAUCGUUUGUUUCAGAGAAUUUUGCAUCAACAACUGUACUCUCUGACUUACAUAAAAAUGUCAAUUCAGCAACGGUUUUGAUGGAUGGUUUCAGCUGUCCUAAUGUGUAGUUUUUCCAUUAGAAUACUUGUAUAGACUAAUUGAGUUUUAGAUGAAAUGGUUUCACAUAUGUGCUGCCUUUCUUUUUCUCA